AUGAUGUCCACGUGGUUAUUGCGUCCCAGUCAAUGGACGUUAUGGUUGUUGUUUGUGUCCUGCUCCUGCGCGUUCUACAUCCCCGGUUACUCGGUUAAACGCUAUAAUGACGGCGAAUCCAUUCCGCUUCUCGUGAACAAGAUCUUCUCCGAUCAUACGCAGCUCCAAUAUGCCUACUUUGACCUCCCCUUCGUCUGCCCCCCGAGCGGUAAAACGCAUGGCGGCUCGCCCUUUGGAUCUGGACAAAGCAUUUCUUUGAACUUGGGAGAGAUUUUGCGUGGUGAUCGUAUUAUGACCUCCGAUUUCGAGCUCUCGAUGGGAAAGAACGUGGAAUGUCAAGCGCUUUGCACACAGGAAGUUGGGCGAAAGGACGUCAAAUGGGGUCGUCAACUCAUCAAGCAAGGAUAUGUGGCCGAGUGGAUUGCGGACAAUUUGCCUGGAGCAACGAGAUUCGUUACAGUUGACCGUAGUCGCACAUACUACGCCUCUGGGUUCAAGCUUGGAUAUCAGGAGUUCUCCCCCGCCGACGGAAAGUCUCGUUUCUUUAUCAACAAUCAUUUCACCAUCGUGAUCCGCUGGCGCCCUGUGCCUGAAGGAGGGAAGGUCGUUGUUGGUUUUGAGGUAUAUCCUAAGAGUAUCAAGGCUAGCGACCACGAGGCGAACGGCUGUCCUAAGCAAGUACACGAGGCCCAUGAUGGAUUGGAACUGUACAUUGCCCCCAACACAUCCAGACUACGACAAAAGUAUCCGGGCUCAUCAUAUAUCCCCGAGGACGAUGACGAAAUUGAUGAUGGGGCGACUUUGCAAAUUCCUUACACAUACUCGAUCUACUUCCGAGAAGAAAACAAUGUCGACUGGUCGAACCGAUGGAGUCUGUAUUUCAGCAACCAAGACGAGGGCUCUACGGCGCAUUGGCUGGCAAUUCUCAAUUCGCUGACGAUUUCUGGUGCCCUUGGUGUGGCGGUAUACGUUAUUUGGAGUAGAACGGUACAGGGAGAUAUUAAGGGUCGUGGAGACGGAGCGAUGGACGAAGGUCAAAUUAAACUUCGCGCCAAGUCGAAGAGCCGAGACAGAAAGACCAGCAAGGGUGAUGAUAAGAAGGGUGAAGGGGUUUUGGAUCAAGGUUCAGAUGUCGAGCGGGAUGCAGAUCUGUCUGAGGAGGAGGAAACCGGCGAAGAUGUCAGCGGAUGGAAGCUUCUGCAUGGUGAUGUGUUCCGCGUGCCAGAGUAUAGUGGCCUUCUUGCACCGCUCGUUGGCUCGGGUAUGCAGCUGUUAUUCAUGGUCUCGGGACUUCUCCUGCUCAGCUGCUUGGGUGUGUUGAACCCUAGUUUCCGUGGCGGGUUUGUCAGUGUUGGAAUGGGCCUGUUUGUAUUCGCUGGUCUCUUUUCCGGCUACUUCUCUGGGAGAUUAUAUCGCACAUUUGGUGGAGCCAACUGGCGGAAGAAUACUUUGAUUACUGCCCUGUUCUUCCCUGGGUUGACUUUUUGUCUGAUCUUCAUUUUGAACCUGUUCGUCUGGGCCCAGGCUUCUAGCACGGCUAUUCCCUUUGGUACAUUGAUUGGACUUCUUGCCCUGUGGCUGCUUAUUCAAGUGCCGCUGGUGUAUGUUGGCAGCUGGGUCGGAUAUGUGCGCGCAGCGCCGUGGGAGCAUCCAACAAAGACAAAUUCGAUCCCGCGUCAAAUUCCGCUACAGCCCUGGUACUUGCGCAGUGUUCAUGGAACACUUUUGACUGGGCUGCUUCCCUUUGCCGUCCUGUUUAUCGAGCUGCUCUUCUUGUUUAAGAAUCUGUGGCAGGAUAAGAGUGGCUACUACUACGUAUUUGGCUUCUUGAGUUCUGUCUGCACGAUUUUGAUCGUUACAGUUAGCGAGGUAACCAUCAUUGCGACAUACAAUCAACUCUGCGCCGAGAACUACCACUGGUGGUGGCAGAGUUUCCUUACCGGCAGCAGCAGUGCUUUCUGGGUGUUUGCAUACUGCAUCUGGUACUACUUGUUCAAGCUGCAUAUCACUGGAUUUGUGUCGAGUCUUCUUUUCUUCAGCUACAGUUUAUUGGCAUGCGCUGUAUAUGGUCUUUUGACUGGGACUGUUGGCUUCUUGACAGCAUAUGCUUUCAUCCGACGUAUUUAUAGGUGA